UUGCUUGCCGUAGACUUAUUACGUCACGGGUUAAAUGUGACUCAAGAAGCGACAGUGAAACAAACAGAAGCAAGCAUGAUGGAAGGUGGACAGAAACGAAGCGGUCGUUCCCCAAGAUCUGGGAAAAAGGUUUCUUUCGCAGGGGAAAAGGCACUGAAAGCCCAGACAGCCUUGGAAGCUGCCAAAAAGAAGGAGGCCUUGAAGGAAACUCUAUGGAAGAGGUUUGAGUUUGACCAGAGAGCUGUGUGCAUCGUGGAGCGUCUCUUAGAGGAUGAUGUGACAGACGACUUCCUCAUCGACUGUGCCAGGUUUAUUACCCCGUCCAACUACCAAGAUGCAGUUGAGGAGAGAUGCAUUGUGAAAAUGUGUGGAUAUCCUGUUUGCCCGAACAAACUUGGCAGCGUGCCCAAGCAACAGUUUAAAAUUUCAACUAAAACCAAUAAAGUGUACGAUAUCACAGAGCGAAAGUGCUUCUGCAGUAAUUUCUGCUACAAAGCAUCAAAGCACUUUGAGGUGCAGAUUUCCACGACACCUCUCUGGUUGCGAGAGGAAGAAAGGCCACCUGAUGUCAAGUUGUUAAAGAAAGGAGAGAGUGGCAUCUCAGGAGAGGAGGUGAAAAUCUCAGUCCAGCCAAUCAGGGAAUCGGAGAUCGAGAACCCCGAGCCUGCAGAGUCGGCGCACCCCAUGCACCUGUCUGCCAGUGGGACUGAAAGCGAGGGCAGCGACCAGGAGCAGGACUUUGUGUCCAGCGUAGUGACCGGAGGAGGGGCGGGGCCUAAGAGCAGGACGGGGAUCCUAAAACACAGGGGGGAGAGGGAGAGUAACACCGCUGCUGUGCACACGGGUGAGAGAGACCGAGAGAAGGAUACAGGGACAGCGCAGGACCGCUCUGCGGAGACGACCGGGAACAAGAACGGCGACAAACAGCUGGAGCGAGACGAGCGCACGGGCGGGAACGAACCACAGCGGCCUGCCGCAGAGGCGGAUGGAGACGGCAGCUGCACGCGUGCAGUAGCGGACAGGCCCGAGCAGGCCGUGCAGGCUGUUGCAGACCUACUGAGCGCGUGCGGGAUAGAGGAGAGGCGCAUGAGUGCGGUAGCAGACAGGCCUGAGCAGCCCGUGGAGGCUGCCGCAGACCUACUGAGCGCGUGCGGGAUAGAGGAGAGGGGCACGCGUGUGGUAGCGGACAGGCCUAAGCAGCCCGUGGAGGCUGCUGCAGACCUACUGAGCGCGUGCGCGAUAGAGGAGAGGGGCACGUGUGCGGUAGCGGACAGGCCUGAGCGGGGUAGUGGCGCGGAGAGGAGCACCGGUGACCGCGCGCCCACCCCGGCUCUGAACGUCACCCAGGUGGGCAUGAGCAGGAGGGGGGCGGCCGAGCUGAGGAGCCUGCUCAACGCCCGUGGGAAAGACCCGGCCGCCGCCCUCAGGGCUGGCCUGCUGGAACGCCUGAGCAAAACGCUGAGGGAGUGGAGGACGGAGGAGACGCUGCGGCUCCUGCACGGGCCUGCGUACAAGCCCCGGGAUGAAGAGGAGGAGGAGGAGGAACUGGACGAGGAUGACCUGGAGGUCGGCGUGGAGGUCCCGGCGUCCCAGGUCCAGUCCGGAGGGGGGCAGGGGAAGCCCUCGGCUGCUGUCCCAGACUACAAAACCCUGCACAGGGAGACAGAACUGCUCAGCCUGAGGGUGCAGGAGUUCUACAGAGGAUCCUCUGUACUGCCGGAGGAGAAGAACACUGAUCCUGAGGACCCUAGUGGCUGGGAUCCCGCCCUCCCAUUGGUGGAUUCUCACGCCCAGCUCUUGAUCCAGAAGCGCAUUGUUUCAGAGAAGCUCAACAGAAGCUUAAGGGACAUUGUGGGACCCCUGCAACUGACCAUGAAUGACAUCACUGAUAUCAAUAACCUGAUCAGGACAUUCAGGUUUACAAAUGCUAACAUUAUCCACAAGAGCCCAGAGUGGACUCUGAUUGCUGUGGUUCUGCUGUCAGUGUUGUCAGACGUAAUCCCGCUAUUGCAGCAGUCACUGGAGAGGCCCUCCUCAAUACAGUACAUAUCCACACUCAUGGGAGGGCUGAUGCUCACAGAUCGGGACCUUCAGAGCCUCGUGCAGCUCUUCAGAGUCCCGGCCAACUGAGAAGAGAACUCGGCAGGAACCUCCGUCACCGCUCUGUCACGUGAAAUCAACCUCACCAGAGAACUGGAUCAAGCUAUAGGCUACACUUGUGAGGAACUUGGUUUCAUCUGCGAAAUUCUACAUUAACCCCAUCAAAACUGUCUUUUUAAUAAAAUGUGUUGUCAUAUUGCAUCGUGAAUCACAUAAAUCAAGUUGUUCUUUAAA